AUUUUGUUUUUAAUUUAAAGGGAAGACCAAACAGUAAUAUUGAAUCAGAAAAACUGAAUGAUGAAAGUAAUUCAGUAGCAACCUGUGAUUCUUCUUUAUCUAUUUUGCCACCAUCAGUUAAUCAGUGUGGAGAUGAAAACAGUAAUAAAUCACCUAGUCCAAAACCUGAUUUAGAUGAAAAUCAAUUAAAUGAAAUUAGAGGUAAUUGUGAUAAUGAUUUAAUUCAUUUUGAAGAUGAUAAUUCAACAUCCUCUCUGAAAGAAAGAAAUCCAGAUGACUCUAAUGAAAAUCCUUCAGAUAUUGAUUUUUCUAAAGAAUCUAAUCAGACUGAAACACAUGCUGAUGUACCAACUCACCAACACUUUAGUGCUAUGUCACAUAAAAAAAAUGAAAAUAAUGAUAACAUUUCUUCAAAAUCGGUCGUUUUUAAUUGUGGGUCUGCAAAAUCUAAUGCUUCAGAUGCCAAAUCUAUAAAAUCAACAAAAGGAAAAGAAAUGAAGAUUCAUCAGUUAGGUGAAGUCCCCAAAUACUUGAUACAAAGACAGUAUGAACAGAAAGAAGAAGAAUUGAAGCGAAAGAAGGAAGAAGUGGAUCCUUCCAUUCCUCUUGGUCACAUAGUUUUAAGUGAAGAGGAAAGAAUAAGUACAUUAGAAAAAUUCAAGAAAAAUAAAGAAGAAUUGUUGCGUGAAUAUAUACAUUUACCCGUGUGCUGUGAUACUUUAAGAGCAAAGAAAAAAAAGGAAUUGCUCGAAAAAGAACUGACCAAAAUGGAUGAAGGCAUCGAAAUAUUUUCUAAACACAGAGUUCUUAUCAAAGUUGACGAAUGAGUUAAUAUUUUAAUUAAAUACAAAUUUUCAUACUUGAUAAAAUGAAAUAUUCAUACAUUAGUACAUUAUUUAUUUACAAAUUAUUAAUUUAAAAGCCUCAUCACACACCACAUAAA